CCUCGGGCUGGGUCAAGGCCGUCAGGCCCGAGCCCAACCCGAGGUUUGCGCUACUUCUGGCAUUUUGGCUUUGGCCUAUUCACUUGGGGAGUGCUUUAUAAUUACCCCCUCUUGCAGAUGAGUUCACUUUUGCUACGAUACUGUCGUAGCGCAGGGCUCGAAUUUCCAGCCACGUGCACGCAGACACAGGGGAACAGAUACUUCCUCCGCGAAAGCGUUUCCCUCCAAAAUGGCUCCACACUGCAGAUACUCAUGCGAUACUGCAGCUCAAACCCUAGAAUGGAUUAGCGCCAUUAACGACUUCCUUAGACCUUACAUGUUUCUUCUGAACGACCAUGUCGUCAACUUCUUUAAGGACAGACUAUGGGAGUCUAUUGAUAAGCAGUGGAUGAAUUGCCUUCGCAAAGAAUCAGUUGAAAAUCUUCUCAAGAUUCCGUCUGGAAUUGUCCAGGAUAACUGGCCAGCUUCACUUAAAGAGUUUAUCCUUACUUCGAGAUCUCUUGUUCUUCCUCGAGAGCAGGUUGAGUUACAGAUGAUGUUGCCCAAUUUGCAUGUGGCUUCACUUGAUACUGUUCUUACCCAAGGCAUGAAUAUGAAGAAAAAACAUGAAGUGGAAACUCUAGCUGCUGUUGUAAGAUCGAUUGCAGAAAGUACUGGAUCUCAGACAAUAAUUGAUGUUGGUGCUGGUCAGGGUUAUCUGGCACAAGUACUGUCUUUCCAGUACAACCUUUCUGUAGUUGCAAUUGAUGCUUCUUCUCAUCAUGGAGCAGUUACAAGUGCACGUGCAGAGAGGAUAAAGAAACACUAUGCAGCAAAAACAAAGAACGCGCAUUUGAACGUUCCCCAGACUGUUACUUGCUGUGUUAUGUCAAGUGAUGCGUUGAAGGCUUUUAGUGAUGCUUUAUUACAAAAAAAUGAUUUUGAACCAUUGGAGAUGAAAGAAAUUGAUCUAGGUGAACCAUAUCUUGAAGGAUUGGAGGUAGAGAGAAAAAAGCCUUCUUUGUGCAGUAACUCAAAUAUGGGACCAUCAUUGGUCCUUGCCGGGCUUCAUGCUUGUGGAGAUCUUUCAGUAACCAUGCUUAGGACUUUUAUUGAAUGCAAAGAAAUCAAAGCAGUGGUUAGCAUAGGCUGUUGUUACAACCUCCUAUCUGAAGAAGGUUCUCAGAAUAGUGGCUCUCAAUGUGGUUUUCCAGUAAGUGAGGGUGCUAAGUUGUCUGGUUUGUCUCUUGGAAAAAGUGCACGUGAUCUUGCUUGCCAGAGUGCAGAGAGAUGGAGAAGUCUAACCAAAGAUGCUGCACUCCAGAAUUUUGAGUUGCAUGCUUUCCGUGCUGCCUUCCAGAUGGUUCUUAAUAGGUACUAUCCAGAAAUCUUAACAACAAGUCCUUCCAUAGGGCGGCAGGGGAAGGCUUUACGUCGUCAACAGCAAAGGAGGGUUUUACAGAAUAAUUUGCAUGUGGACAAAAGAACCAGCCUUCCCUUAGUUGCAACCUGGGAAAAGUGUGAAAUGGAAAGAAGCUGCACAACCAGUAACUAUUCUGAAGCUUAUCAAGGUCAUACAAGUGAAGUGGUGCUAAGAGAAGGCGAUACAUGUUCAACUUUGGACAGAGGUGGCUUAUCUCUUCAAAUUUCUUCCAGCUACAGUUCUGGAUGUGAAGGGAUUUGGUCAUUAGACAGAUAUUCCCUUUUUGAGAAGUUCUGCAACUCUGGACUUUGUCGGCUUGGCCUGUUGACAAAUAUUUCUCAGGAGAUUGAUUUUCUUGGAUUAUGGAAGGAAGCUCAACCAUUUUGUGAACUUAUAGGGCCUUACUGGUCGCUUAGAGCCGUAUUGGGGCCUGUGUUGGAAACUUUGCUUUUGCUUGAUAGAUUAUUGUUCCUUCAAGAACAAGGCAGUUCGGUCAAGGCAGUUGCUUUGCCCAUUUUCAAUCCCAUAUUAUCACCACGAAAUGUGGCCAUAAUUGCUCAGAAAAUUUGAUGCAGAUUUAGUUGUCUAAUGCAGAAACGAUAUUGGUAGUGAUUUGGUAACCUCUUAUCUUGUUCUUUAUGUCAGCACAAAAUGUAUGUCAUUAAGCCAUAUGGGCAUGGAAUGCUAACUGCCUUAGCUACGUUGGCAUAUCAAAGUUGAAGUCAUUAUGUCAAAACUGUAUUUAAGUUGGAUUC